ACGUGGCUUUUUGUUGCAAAUGGCUUUUGGCUGAUCCUGAAUGUCACUGUGCUGAUCCAAGCGGGAAGAAGCUUUCUGAACAGAGGCGGCACACAGGGUUGUCUCGUCUCUCUAUAUAUAAUAUAGAAAAGUGGCGAUCGCAGUAUUUUGUUUGGUUCAGUGACUUCUUAUUCUGGAAGCUGCUCUGCACCAUGUACCACAUGAUAGAAGUAGCCAUUCCGUCCUUCAGAUAUGAGGAGAGCGAUCUCGAAAGAGGAUACACGGUAUUUAAAAUUGAAGUACUCAUGAGUGGACGUAAGCACAUCGUAGAGAAACGUUACAGUGAAUUUCAUGCACUUCACAAAAAGUUGAAGAAAAGCAUUAAAACGCCUGAAAUGCCUUCAAAACAUGUGAGAAACUGGGUACCUAAAGUCCUGGAACAACGACGCCAUGGCUUGGAAGCCUACCUUCAGGCUAUUCUGAUUGAGAAUGAAGAUUUACCCAAGGUAUUUCUAGAUUUUCUUAACAUUCGUCAUCUCCCGUCUUUGCCAAAAGUUGAAAGUUGCAGUUCCAUUGAUGACUAUGAUUGUGAAGAAUUCAGUAAACUAUCCCACCAGCCAGUCCUGCUUUUCCUGAGGGAUCCAUUCAUCUUACCCACAGCCACUGGCCAACAGGCAAGACGUUCCCAAUGACCACCACCUCCAGGGAUCCUAUGGUGCUUGGCAGACUUUUGGACCUCAUUCAAGUUUGGAGUUCACUUGGAAUCAUAUGUUCAUGUGUACUGGCUUGCCUGCACAGUGAAAGCAGAUUUGGUCUGUUACUUUGGAGCCAAAGGAAUGGCCCAGAAGUUGGUGACAAUGUUUAGAACUGUAGAUUUUCUAUUGUGUGGGUCUAACCCAUUAAAGGUUAUGGCAGAGCUAACAGAGAAGGAUGUAAAUCAUAGGAUCACUCUAUCCAGAGCUGUGUAAUCAGUUGUCAGCUUACACAUUCCAUCCGGUUUCAGGGCUGGCCACACAGAUGAGUUAGUUGUUGUUCCAGUUGCAGGAACUGUCCCUUAUAGAUGUCUCCUGCCAUCGGUUUGUUAACUCUUUUCCCAACUGCUACCCUUGUGUCUGCUCUGAUUGGGCACUGCUGGUCAGCUGCUGUUUUUAACUAGAAAUCACCAGUGCCUCUGUUUCUGCACUCACACAGUCUUAUUUAAGUCUGAUCAGAUUGUCUACUAUCUCCAUCACUGCCACGGUAGAUUUUGGAGAUUGCCUUUUGUUUAAUUUCGAUCUUGCUUGGCAACUGAAGGAUGGUUCCAUAAUCAUUGCCCAAUGAGAACCCAAAUCUAGAAUUUUCUGGUGGUCCUGAAGGAUUCCCUCCUUUAACAUUUUAAGAACUAGUAGGCUAUUCCGGGUUGGGUUAUAUACUCCAGACCAUUUCUUACAUAUCGUGUAUUUAUUUCAGCAUAUUCACUGGAGGUUUCCUCACAGGAUUGGUGUGACUGUAAUAGCAUCCUCUCAUUACACUGUUCAUUUCCCAAAGCUCUGUGUGCAGCAUUCCUUUGGUUUCUUUGUUGAGGUGAAGUAUUUGCUGUCUUUCUCCAUGACCUGACCUGUGUAUUGCCAGGUCAUUAGCUUCAUUGUUGUCAGGAGCAUUGGAACAUAAAAAUCAGAAACUGGAUUAGGCCAUUCAACCCCUCAAUGGGAUCAUGGCUGAUCCCAUGUUCCUCAUGUUUACUUUCCUGCCCUUUCUCUAUAAUCUUUGAUCCCCAACAUGUCAAUAAUCUAUCACAGACUUAAAGAUACACAAGGACAGGGUGAAAUUUGUAUAUGUGGUUGCAGUCAUCGUCAGGUUUUGUAUGGGGUACCUGUCUCCAUCCUGUCCCUAUGGGAACCAAUUCAGCAUUAUAAAGAGUUGGAUAAAUAAAUGUUGUCCGCCAUUGCCCCCAAAGACACAUUUGGGCACUGAGCAUCUAAAAUCUGAUCCCAGGUGAUUACCAUCCCAGUGUCCACAUUUGUGGUCUGCAUCUCUGCAGUUCUUCAAGUCAACUUCACCAAAAUCUGAAUAAUCUUAAAGGGGAACAGUGGCCUUGUGAAUGCCCCAGCCACCUCUUUAUUUUAAAGGGGGUAAGAAUUUAAAUAACUUCAAAUCAUGACUUCAGCCCAACAAUCAUUUAUUAAGUGUCUGUCUUAAGUAAUAGCCCUUGUUACAGUGAAAAUAAGGCUCCUGUCAGCAGGAACUUUAAAUGACUGUGCUGUGCUCAGGUUUCCUGCAUUUGUGAUUCACCAUCCCGUUCCCCAUGUUCCCCUACCAGCAAAAGUAGGAUUCGUUGUAAAUGAGGGUCACACCUACCAAUUUUAAAAGCUCCCAAAGUCCUCUGGCACAGUGAAAACCCGGCUCUGUUUUAUUCAGAAUUGAAGGAAAUGUUCCAGUGUUUUCGAGGCCAUAACUGAAUUCAAUCAUCAAGAUGCAUCCAGAUCAAAGUAUAUAACUGCUUCAAUAAAACAAAGAACUGCAGGUGCUGGAGAUAUGAAACAAAAACAAGUUGCUGGCGAAACUCGGCAGGUUUGGUGGCAUCAGGGGAAAGCAAGCAGAGUUCACCUUUAACUGGUCCAUCUCCGACUCCUCCCUUCCCUUCCCUGACAUUAGUGUUUUCAAUUCUAGGGAUGGACUAGCUGUCAAUAUCUGUGACAAAUCCACUGAUUCUGACAGUUACCUAGACUCUAUGUGCUUGCACCCUGCUUCCUGCAAAGACUAAAUUCCAUUCUUUCGGUUUCUCUAUCUCCAUCACAUCUGUUCUGAUGGUACCACCUUCCACACAGGGCCUCAGAAGUGUCUAUCCUUUUCAUCAACACGGCCUUCCCCGCUACCGUCGUCAACAGGACCCUCAGCCAUGUUUGACCUAUCACUCACACUUCUGCCGUCAUCCUUUCUCUCCCUCCCACAGCAAUGACAGGGUACCCCUGGUCCUCAGUUACCACCCACUGCAUCCAAAGGUUUGUAAGGCACAGUUUCCGUCACCCCCAAUGGGAUGCCAGUACCAAAAACACAUUCCCCUUUCCUUGUCAGCAGGAAUUGUUCCCUUGGGAUGUGCUGACCCACUCCUCCUCCUCCAUUCCCAAUACCUCCCCGUGGACCCUCAGCACCUUCCUGCACAAUUGCAAAGGUGCAAUACCUGCCCAUUUACCUCCUCUGUCCUCACUAUCCAAGACCUCAGACAUACCUUCCAAGUGAAGCAGCAAAUUAGCUGUACUUCACUCAGUCUAGUCUACUCUAUUUGCUGUUCUCUAUGUAGUCCCUCUAUGGUGGGGAGAGGAAGCUCAGACUGGGUGACCAUUUUGCAGAACAACUACGUUCUAUCUGCAAGAAUGACCACAAGCUUCUGCUUGCCUACUAUGUCAUAUCUCUGUCUUGGUCUUGCUGCAGUGCUCCAGUGAACCUUAGCACAAGCUUGAAGAACAGCAUCUCAUUUUUCACUUUGGGACCCGGCAGCUUCCAGAAUUCAACAUCGAGUCCAAGACCUUUAGAACCUGAUUGUGUUCUUAAAUGUUUUUUACCCACCCCCACACCAUGGUCCUAUCAUGACAUGGUUUGCUUUUCAGUACACCACAUUCUCUGCUACACUCAGCUCUCAUUAUUACUGCUCAGCUUUUCUUUGUCCUGACCUGCUUUCUAUAUUCUACUUGUUUACCUACUUCUUUUGUAUCUCUCUGGGCUCCAUCUCCACCUAUCCACUGCCCUCUCCCACUCCCCCUCCCCAUCCCUCUACUUCAGCAUAAAUACCACCUUUUCCUUGCUGCUAUCAUUCUAAUGAGGAGUCGCUAGUCUUGAAACAUUAACUCUGUUUUCUUCCCACAGAUCCUUCUAGGCUCACUGAAUCUCAAGUGAUUUCUGCUUUUGUUACAUAACCACUUUUGUCUGACUGACUCAGAUUCCUUUGCUUUGCUGAUUUCGUUGUGUUGCCAAUACUCUGUUUUGUUGAUUACUUCACUUGUUGUCCCAAGAAAACAUCCCAUAGCCUCACCAGUACAUCGGAAUAAAGAGAAUUCAACUAUAGCUUUUGUUUUGACAGUAAUAAAGUUAACUAUAGGCCUGACCUUUCUUUCUCUUGUGAUCUCUUAGAUGACUCCCCAAAUAUAGUUAUUGAAGGUGUUCUACAUGGAAUAUACUAUCCAUACCUUCAAUUGAGGUAGAACAACAUCUACUGCAAAAAAGGCAUUUCAAGAUAUGCAACCACAAGAUUAACCAGUAAUCAUCAUUAAAAGAGACAUUUUAAUAUGCAGUCAUCAGUUCUGAUUGAUUUACCUUGACAAGUUGUACAUUUAAUGCUUAAUACACUAAAUUUUUUAACUUUUACAAAAGUUAUUACAUUCAUUGGUGUAUAUAUAAUAUAUAUAGAUAUUUAAAAAGGGCUGCUGUGUUAAUGUUUUACACUGAAUAUGUGACAUAUUACAUUGUGAACCUUGAGAGUAUGGACCUUGUUAUAAUGUAGUAACCAUAUUAUUUGAAUUUUACGAUCAAAAGCAUGACUUUAUCAUUAAAUGGAGAACGUUUCUAUUUUAUCCCUUUUUUCCCCUAUUGGGAAAAUCUAAGUCAGUGCAACAAUCAAUGUUGGAAGUAAACAUUUUAGGCAGAAAUGUUUUUACAUUUAAUAUUUACCUGGACAUCAGCGAUCAUAAAGUAUGUAAUUUUUGUUAACAUUGCAUUGAAGUAAUGAAUAUCCAUUAUUUUAUAAUUUUAUGUAAUAAAUUUGAACAGCACAG